GCACGCCAUCUUGUUUCCUCAACAUUUUGCAACCGAAGCCAGCAGUGCAGUUCGUUCGUGAAUUUAAUCCCCUUUAUCAGCUCACAAUCGGUGUAAAUUUAUCACGCUCACGAAGCUAAACGUUUGCUGCACCGGCAGUAACUGCAGUAGAUUGAGUGCACAAGCCUUUCGUCUUGUAACGCGGAAUGAAAAGUACCACAUUUUACGAUCACGAAACACGUAAAGAGCACCACAUCUCGGACAAGAUGGCGGCGGAUGACGAGCUCAAUAAUGAGGUGCUGAAUUUGCUCGAGGCGCCCUACAAGAAGGAGGAUGAUGCAUCGCCCGUGCAAAAUGGUUCAAGCAAUGGAGAAAAGAAGCUGAAGGAAAAUGGGCAUAGCAAAUCGUCUCGCCAUCGUAGCCGAUCGCGCGAUCGCGAUAGGGAACGCGAGCGGGACCGGGACCGUGAACGCGAUCGUGAAGUCGAGGUGCGUUCCAAAAAGCAUCGCUCAGGAUCACCCGGUGGUCGCAGCCGAGACAAGGAGCGCCGUCGCAGCAAGGAACGAAGCAAAUCACGCACGCCUCCGCGUCGCGAACGUUCGAAGGAUCGCUCGAAGGAGAAAGACCGCAGCGGUGGAAAAAGCGAUCACCAUCGCCGGGAGAUGGUGGUGGAAAAGCGUCGUUCCCGUGACCGUGAUCAUCGACGCCGGUCGCGCGAGCGGGACUACCGCCGCCGUAGCCGCUCGCGGGACGGUAUCCGUGGACGGGGGCGCCGGUCCAUGUCCCCGAAACCCUACCGUGGACGUGGACGGGGUGGUUCGGGCGGCUACUAUCGCGAUCGUUCGCCGCUGGAAGAGAUGACCCAGGAGGAUCGUGAUGCACGUACCGUGUUUUGCAUGCAACUGUCCCAGCGCAUACACGCACGCGACCUGGAAGAAUUCUUCUCGAGCGUGGGCAAGGUCCGGGAUGUACGAUUGAUCACGUGCAACAAAACGAAGCGAUUCAAGGGUAUCGCUUACAUCGAGUUUAAGGAUCCGGAAUCGGUCGCCCUAGCGCUCGGGCUGUCCGGGCAGAAGCUGCUCGGCAUACCGAUCAGUGUGCAGCACACGCAGGCGGAAAAGAACAGAAUGGCCAGCCAGCCGCCAGCCGCACCGCCGAAGAAUCCAUCCGGACCGAUGCGACUGUACGUCGGUUCGCUCCAUUUCAACAUAACGGAAGACAUGCUGAAUGGCAUAUUUGAGCCGUUCGGUAAAAUUGAUAACAUUCAGCUGAUCAUGGACGCGGACACAGGACGGUCAAAGGGCUACGGAUUUAUCACAUUCCAUAAUGCCGACGACGCGAAGAAAGCGCUGGAGCAGCUGAACGGAUUCGAGCUAGCCGGUCGUCCGAUGAAGGUAGGCAACGUGACGGAGCGGUUGGACGUGACCACGCAUGCCUCGCUCGACACGGACGAGAUGGACCGGAGUGGCAUCGAGCUUGGCGCCACCGGACGAUUGCAGCUGAUGUUCAAGCUGGCGGAAGGUGCCGGACUGGCCGUGCCGCGUGCAGCAGCCGAUGCACUGCUGGCAACCGCACCGCAACCCGUACCGCAGCAACCGAUCCAACAGUCGCCACCGAUCGCUACCCAGUGCUUCCUGCUGUCCAACAUGUUCGAUCCGGCGACGGAAACCAACCCGAGCUGGGAUUUGGAAAUACAGGACGACGUGAUAGAGGAGUGCAACAAGCACGGCGGUGUGCAGCACGUGUACGUCGACAAGCAAUCGCCGUCGGGCAACGUGUACGUCAAAUGUCCCAGCAUUGCGACGGCCGUGCUCGCCGUGAACGCGCUGCACGGACGGUGGUUUGCGGGUCGCGUCAUUGGUGCGGCGUACGUCCCGCUCGUUAACUAUUACAACCUGUUCCCGGACGCGUCGCAGGCCGUCACGCUGCUUCAACCCAAACGUUCGGGUUGAGCGCAAUGAACGCACCCGCGCCGGGGCAGUGUGGCACUGUGGCAACAACACUACUAGAGGUGUGUAGUACAAGCGUAGUAUUUCUCCCACUGCAAAAGCCCCAAAUCAGUUCAAUAUUUACGGUACAAUUAUACAGAAGAAGGGACGGGGAGAGGGGCAGAAGCAGAAGACGGCUCGGUUCAACUCGGUUGGCAGAACCAUGAACCCGGAACGUUUGCGUCGUGUAGAUUGCGGGAGAGGAGAAAUAAGAAUUAGAAUUACGGGGAUAAUGGCAGGAUUAACGAUUAAGUAAAUUCAAAAGCAGCAAUUCGUAGCUUCUGUUCCCCCGAACAGAUAUGUGAUAUUAAACGAAAGUGUCCCAUCACACGAACACACGCACACACAUAAAAAGGCGAAGAUCUCGUGUUCCUAUUCCUAUUCGGGUUUGAAGGCAGACCAUUCUUCUUUUCUUUUACUAACUUUCUGCAACUAUGUGUAUAAAUGUUUUUAGAUUUUUGUUCCGUUUGCUUUAAGUUUUAUCCCAACACUAGAUAUGCGUGUGUUAGUUAGGUUACCUGCAGGUAUCCGAAGCACACUAGUCACGUUCACUUGGUCUGUCACCUUCAGUUACAGCGAAAUUCUUUCCCAUUUCUUCACAAAUGCUCUGUCUUGACACUCUCUCUCUAUGGUGUGUGUAUGUGGCAAAGGGCACAAAUCUGACGUGUGCGUGUGUUAACAAUAUAAAACUACAGCGGAAAGAUAUCCUCCUUUCCACACAGAGCAAUAGAAUGUAGAGAGGAAACAAAAGGUGGGAAUUUAAUAGAAAUCAACAAGGAUAUGUCAUUGAUAGCAUCGUAAGGAAGAUAAGGAUUAAGAUUUUUAUGGUUAAACUGUUUACUCACGUGGUGGAGUAUCGAAAACCGAUUAAGCGCUGUAUUUAGACACAAGUAUGAAAGACAAUGGAAACAUGUGUAAAUGAAUGGAAGAUUGU